UUCUGUCUUCCACACGGAACUGUGUCAAGUCAACAUAAGUCUGCUCAAGCACUUCAAUUCCACCACUCAAAUGACAGCCCAGUCUUCAAAGACAGUGCUGUCCCUGGACUCUGAGGCGGUGUUCUCACUCAAAGAUGGCAUCAACUUUAAGAAGAGCCCAGAUGAUGGCAAGUGCUACAUCAUAUACAAAGACAAUGGAGAGCUGAAGGCCUGCAAGAACCAAUGCAAACACCAAGGAGGCCUGUUCAUCAAAGACAUAGAGGACUUAGAUGGAAGGACGGUCCGGUGUACAAAACACUACUGGAAGCUGAACGUCUCAACUAUGCAGUAUGUGAACCCUCCUGACAGCUUCACACAGGAUGAGCUGGACGUCGUGAUGACAGACGAGGGUGGUCUUCAGCUCGUGGAGGUGAUCGUCUGGGACCCCUGGUUGGCAGACCCCCAGGAUCCACAGGAACUGCAGGAGGGAGAGGUGACUGUGACCUACCUCACCCAUGCAUGUAUGGAGCUCCAGCUAGGGGGGAAGAAGAUGAUAUUCGACCCCUGGCUGACGGGUCCGGCCUUCGCCAGGGGCUGGUGGCUGCUCCAUGAGCCACCUGCUGACUCCAUGGAGAGGCUGUGCAUGGCCGACCUCAUCUACAUAAGCCACAUGCACUCCGACCACCUCAGGUAUUCAGAGAUGGUACCU